AUGUUCACUGACGUCAUCACAGCAUGUGCCAGGUCAGCACAGCUAGCUCCAGCUCUCCGUCUGCUCGAUCGCCUUGAUUCUCACCCUUCCCCCGACCUCCAUGCUGACGUGGCAGCCUACACUGCUGCCAUCUCAGCGUGUGCGAGUGUUGGCCAAUGGGAAAACGCCAUUCGUCUGCUGACUAGGAUGCAGCAGCAGCCAAUCGGGAAAGAGGUGGGAAGGUUUGGGAAAGCCUCUUCCGUGCCUCCAGGUGUUGAGGCUCGGCCGAAGCUAGAGGUUCGGGGAAAGCAGGAGGUGCGUCGAAAGCCUGCAGUUCGGCCGAACGUGGUGACGUGGACGGCGGUGAUGUCAGCAUGUGCGAUGGCAGGGCGUGCUGAUGUGGCAAGGGAAGUUCUGAGAAGGAUGAUGCAAGAAGGGAAAGGGGAGGAAGCGUCUUGCUUGGAUGCCAUGUCAGACGCCACGUCAGAUUGUCGUCCCAAUGUGGUGACGUGGACAGUGGUGUUGACUGCAUGUGCGCGGGCGGGGGAGUGGCAGCAGGCAGAAGCACUGUUCACCCAGAUGCAGAAAAACGGAGUGACGCCAAACGAGGUCUCCUGGGCGGCAUUGAUCAGCGCUUAUGCCAAGGGCGGGCAGUGGGAGAAAGCUAUAGGCGCCCUGAGAGCUAUUAGAGGGGGACAAGGUGGGGGGAAAGAGAGGGGGGGGAAGGAGGAGGAAAAAGGAGCAGCAGCAGCAGUAAUAGCAGCAGCAACAGCGUUGGAACCACCUCAUCCACCUCAAUUAUCGCCCCUCCCAUCUGCAUGGAAUGCUGCACUGCACGCGUGUGCCAAGGCCGGCAAGUGGAAGCUUCUGGGAAGCCUCGUGUGGGAGAUGCAGGAGGCUGGGUGUCCCCCCUCUGUGGUGACCUACGGGGUGCUGGUGGGGGGGUAUGGGCGGGCGGGGCAGGCACGAUUGGCGAGAGAAGGGUUUGAAUCGAUGCUGGCUGCAGGAAUAAGACCAAAUGCAGUGGUGUGUGCUUCAAUGGUGCGAGCGUACGCACGUGCCCGCCAGUUCGGGCAGGCCAUGAAAUUCUUCGAGGCAAUGCCUGGACUCGGGGUGGUUCCUGACAAAUACACCUACACAGCACUGCUCUGGGCUUGCGGUGCCUGCGGGCAGUGGCAGCGGGCAGAAGAAAUAUUUUCGAGGAUGAAGCGUCAGGGGUGCGUGCCGGAUGGUGUAACUUACAGAACAUUGAUAGAGAGCUAUGAGAUGAAUGGAGAGUGGGAUAAAUCCAUGGAGGUCUUAGAAGACAUGAAUUCUUUGUCUUCAAGAAUGUUACAGCGGACACGCUAUGGGCAGCGAUAA